AUGUAUCAGCUCAAUGCUGUGACGUGUAUCGCAAUUGUUGUCUCUUGUGUUUCAAGGCAUUACAUUCUGCUGCAAGCUGCCUCAGCUACAGAGGAGCAGCACCCUGCAUGGGUUGGCCUGGUGGAGUCUAGAAUCCGACACCUGGUGGUAAAUCUGGAGAGACAUGUGUUGGUGACCCGGGCCCACAUUAAUGUCCAGUCUUACCCUGAAUGCAGCAAGGGCAACGCAACUGCACCAAUCAGAACCAAGUGGCUGAUUGGACUUGUCUUCAAUGAACAGGGGGGCAAACACCUGUCCAUAGACCUGACCCCCAAUCUCCAGCGCUUCAGUGACAUCGUCUACAGUGUGGCAAACCGCUGUCAGAUGUUCAGAGAGGGGAUGACCACAUCAGCUCGAUACAUGUCCCAGAAGGACUUCAGCUGGGAUCUGCCUCAGGAGCCUGGCAGAAGGGUUAUCAGUGAAGAACCGAAGCCCUCAGGGAGCCGUACCAUGGCGGCCCCUGCUCCAUCUGCGAUGAGUCACCAGGCGACAAAGAGGUCUCGCUCGCCUCACUCUGAAACUUCCACCAAGAAGUUUAAAUCUGAAGUGGGGCCAAGCAAGGGAGUCUCUCUCAGCCAAUCAAAGAGUGGAGGCCUCAAGAGACCCCACACUCCUGAGUCAGGGUCACCGAGCAAGAGGGUCAGAACGGUGCUGCUGAAGCCCACUUGAACCUGAAGCCAACUUGUCCCUGAAUGCAGCAAGGGCAACGCCAGUGCACCAAUCAGAACCAAGUGGCUGAUUGGACUUGUCUUCAAUGAACAGGAGGGCAAACACCUGUCCAUAGACCUGACCCCCAAUCUCCAGCGCUUCAGUGACAUCGGUAUUCAGCUUCAGCUGGGAUCUGCCUCAGGAGCCUGGUAGAAGGGUUAUCAGUGAAGAACCGAAGCCCUCAGGGAGCCGUACCAUGGCGGCCCCUGCUCCAUCUGUGAUGAGUCACCAGGCGACAAAGAGGUCUCGCUCGCCUCACUCAGAAACUUCCACCAAGAAGUUUAAAUCUGACGUGGGGCCAAGCAAGGGAGUCUUUCUCAGCCAAUCAAAGAGUGGAGGCCUCAAGAGACCCCACACUCCUGAGUCAGGGUCACCGAGCAAGAGGGUCAGAACUGAGCUGCUGAAGCCCACUUGAACCUGAACGAGAAGGAGAUGCCCCCUCAGC